UCUUUUACUAGUUGACAAUAAGAAUCCUAGCUCAUAGCUCACCCACCCAUCUUCUUCUCUCCUACUAUGGUCUAAAGUUCACUUUCAAAAUAAAUUAAAGAUCAAAGCCAACUGGCAGUUUUGAUCAUACUCAUUCAUAUCAAACAUAAAUUGAGUAGUUUCAUCACUUUAGUUAUUAUGGACAUAAACAUUCAUUCAUUCUCCCUCCUAUAUACUGAGUCACGAGAAACGAUCUCAAGACAAAAAAUUCAUAUACUAAUAGGACACGUCUCACGGUGAGAUCGUCUUUUACAGAAAUUUGUGCUAACCAUUUCAUUGUUAUUCUUUACCUUUAAUUCUUUCCUACCUUCCCAAAUUAUUCUUGUCAAAAAAUGAUGAAUAUUGCAACUUCUGAUCAAUGGAGUACAGGUUGUGAAUCUGGUUGGACUCUCUACUUAGAUGAUCAAUCUUACAUUUCAACAAACACCCAUCAUAAUAUUGAUCAUCAUCUUCAUCAAACUUAUAGAUUAAAAUCAACGGUCCAUAAUGAUUAUGAUCAUGAUGAAGACUUAUCUAUGGUGUCUGAUGCAUCUUCAGGGCCUCCCCAUUUUCUUCAGAAGAAUGAUGAACAUCCAAGUUAUUAUACUCAAAAGAGUUCAAAAAAGUCAAGCAAAAAUGAAAAAAAGAAAGUGGGUUUAAUGAAAAAUAAGCAACAAUAUCAUCAUCACGAUCAUCAUCCCUUUUGUAAUAGUAAUCAUCAUCUUGAUGACACUGCAAGUUCACCUUCCUUUUCUAAUUCACAGGGGAAUUCUUCAUAUAAUAAUCACUAUUCUUUUUGGCAGUCUUCUCAAGUAAAUGAUGCAAAUGAAUCUUCCAAACCAAGAGGAUGGCAGCAAUGACAAACAAAUGAUGAGAAGCCAAGUAAUGUAAAUCUACUCUCAAAGAGGGAGAUAUGAAAAAGUUGGUGUAAUAAAAUAAAGAGGAAUUGUCAAAAUUCAUAGAUGCAUAUUAAUUUUGUCUUUUUCCCUUUAUUUUUUGGGAUUAAUUAAAUUAAUUUUACUAAUAUUUGCUGUCUACUUUUCAUCUGUUCUUGUCGAUACAAUGGGAAACAACAUAAGAACAAAUAUAAAUAUUCAAAUAAUUAUUACUUACAAAUUUAAUUUGUGCAAUGUAACGCUCUUUUUUC